AUGGCCGCUUAUACCGACAUCAAACCAUUCAGCAUUGCUGUUCCCGAUGCCCAGCUCCAAGAACUGCGUACCAAGCUCGAUCUUACACGUCUACCCGACGAACUUGAGCUUCCCGCCGGUCAAGAAUGGGAAUGGGGCAUUCCGCUCGCUGUUCUCAAGCCCGCCAUCGAACACUGGCGCACAAAGUACGACUGGCGCAAGGUAGAAGCACACAUCAAUCAGACCUUGCCGCAGUUUACGACAUAUAUUGACUCGGCGAAUCAUGGGCCACAAGAGGUACACUUUGUUCAUAAGAGAUCAAAUAAUCCGAAUGCCACUCCGUUGGUCUUUGUGCAUGGGUGGCCCGGGAACUUCCUCGAGGUAUCUAAAAUGAUUGACGAAUUGGCGAACCCAAGCGAUCCUAAGUACCCUGCGUUCCAUGUUGUUGCUCCAUCUCUUCCAGGUUUCGUAUUUUCUCAACGCGCAGCUACUCCUGGGAUGAAUGCAAGGGGAACCGCUUAUUUGUUUGACAAACUGAUGGCGAAACUUGGGUACAAGUACUAUAUGGCGCAAGGAGGAGAUUGGGGCUCUCUUGUAUGUCGUGCCUUCGCGGUAUACCACCAAGAAACCUGUUUGGCGAUCCACAAGAACGUAAAUUUCGAUGGCGUCCCAACGUUGCUCAAAAACCCCAUUAUGACACUGCGAACAAUUCUUGGCUUCGCCGGUCUUCCUGGAGGAUAUUCCAAGAAGACGAUUGAAGGGUUGAAGAGCGCCUCUGGGUUCAUUUCUGGCGGCUCAGGCUACAUGAGAAUACAAGGGACCCGACCACAAACACUUGCUGUUGCAAUGACAGACAGCCCCGCUGGACUUCUCGCUUGGAUUGGUGAGAAGCUCUAUGUAUGGACAGAUAGCUAUCCUUGGACUGCAGACGAAAUUAUAACGUGGACUAUGCUGUAUUGGAUUAAUGGUCCUGCUGGAGGAUUUAGGUACUACAAAGAGAAUCCAUUUGCAGGAAAUCCUGGCAGUCCUGAAGCAAUGGCAGAAAUGAAUAACCUUACCUCAGUCUGGUCGCCCACUCCACUCGGAUUUUCUUGGUUCCCAAAGGAGAUUGGCAGCCCCCCCGCAGAAUGGAGUGGUAUUAACCAAAAACUGGUCUACACAAAAGAGCAUACUAAAGGUGGCCACUUUGCCGCUUGGGAAGUACCCGAACUCUUGCUAGGAGAUGUUAGGGACUUCGCAGAAGUGGUGCUGCCCCAAGAACACCGAUUACGAGCUCCAUGA